CUGUAUACUGUUAAUAAUAUACAGAAGGAGAAGAAGGAAGAGGAGUGUAAGGGGGUGCUGAUUGAGAAAAGAGGAAGCGGCAGCGGGAGCGGGAGCAGGAGCGGCGAGCAGCGAGCGACGACAGCAGCAGCGGUAGCGAGCAGCGACAGCGGCAACGAGCAGGAUUAGGGUUGGGCAGCGACAGCUGAUAUCAAUGCUUUAGUUGGUUCGAUUGAACCAACUAAAGCACCGGAGACGAACCAAACCUAAAACGCUGGUUCGGUCGCCUGGUUUAACCCAGGCGCUCGCCCGAAGCGCCCAGCGCCUGGGCUCGGGCGAGCGCCCAAUGCCUGGGCUGGCGGUGCCUCUUUGAAGCGCGCCGCCCGGAAGUGAAGCGAGGCGCUCGGGCCUCUCCUCGCCUCGCCCGAGCACCUAGGCGAGCGCCCGAGCGCCUUUCUAAAUCACUGAUAAGGGUCAUAAUAUCAGGCCUAUAUAUUGCUAAAUUUAUGUUAUGAUCCAUUUAUUUUCUAAGCUUUGAAUAAUGUUUUAUUGAGUCCAAGUCCUGGUGGACUCUGGGUGGAACUCUAUAAAUAGGGAUGUAUCUGUUUCUUUUCGGCAACCAAUAAAAUAUUAUUCCAGUCUUCUGACAAACCCUAGGAGGCCGAUCCUCUUAAAGUGAUCAUCCCCUUUUAUCCAUUUUCUUCAAUGAUAAAACCCUAGGGUCUUAUCAUUUGGUACUAGAGCAACGAUCCUUAGCGUUCUCGUUGCAAUUUCUUAUAAUACCUCACCGUAGCUCUCAUCAUCUCAAAAAAAAAAAAAAAAAAAAGAGAAAGAAAGAAAGAAAGAAAUAGCAGCCACGCCCAUCCUUCUCGCUGCGAGAAAGGGCUGCUGCUUCCCGACCAGCGACCACCGCCGCCGUUGCUUCCCGGCCAGGAACCACCGUCGCCGUAGUUCCCCGGCCAAUGGACCACCGCCAUUCUACUAGAGCAAGAAAGGGUUGUCGUCAUUGUUUCCCGGCCAACGAACCAUCCCCCUCGUCGAUCCCAACCCUCGGCGACCAUUGGUGACGUUACUCCCAACCGUGCCACCAUCGCAGCCUUGUCCUCAACUACUCGCGAUCCUUCGACGUCACCAGUCGACCCUCUACUGUCGCAGUCGUCGAUUGCCACCACUGCUUCCUCUACGCCACCGGCAUCAACAACAGCCGCUGCAGCCUUGUCCUUAACCACUCGCGAUCCUUUGGUAUCACCAGCGUCUCCUUCUGCGGUGCGAUAGAAAUAGAGCACCCUCUACUGCCGCAACCGCUGGUGCCUCUACUGUCAUAGUUGCCUGUUGCCACCAUUGCCGCCUCUUGACCCUUGUCAACGUCGCCUCCCAGCCACGCCCUCAACACUGCCUCGGUCGACACCAGCCUCCCAGCCUUGACAGUAGUUUUGACAGCUACUCCCAACCGCACCACCGCAGCCUCAACCCCGGUUGUUCAGUGAUCACUCCCCUUGGGUUGCAGCAACCGCCGCCACACGCACAGCCACCCUCACAACCGCUCCCCCCACCGACGCCGUCGCUUUCCAGCCCCCGCAGCCUCAGUCCCUGCAGCCUCACCCCACGCAACGACAGAAAUAGGGCAGCAACUUUUCCUCCUCGCAGCGACUGCAACAAGCCUUUACGUUGCCCUCGGCAUCUGCUUCCUCGGCAGCUUCGCGUUCCCUUACGCCCUCAACACUGCCACAUGCCAAACUUCAUAACAGCCACACCGAAUAGUGCGAUACUAAUGCCCUUGACCCGACACCAGAAACAAGAGUUGGAGAUUACAGAUUUGUAGUCUUACGCAAUGGCUAUCGACAACUCAGUGAAAGCCCAACUAGCCUUGGAAACCAUAAUUGAGAAUCGGUUGCAAGAAACCCUUAACGAUCUUAAAAAGAGUCUAUUGGAGAGCUUUAGCAAGUUUCAACAAGAUGAAAGUUAAAGUCUUAUAUUGAACCGAUCUAGAGACACAGGAAAAAAGGAAUCAAGAACAGGACACAAGCUACACACGCAUGAAGGUGGAAUUCCCAAGAUGGGAAGAUGGAGAUCUCACCAGUUGGAUCUCUAAAGCAGAAAUUUUUUUUCGUUUUCACAAAACUCCAGAAGAAUCCAAUGUGGAAAUAACUUCAAUCCAACUAGAUGGAGAUGUAAUAUAAUGGUAUGAUUGAUACGAAACUUGUUAUGGGGUUCCCUCGUAGGAACAAUUCAAGAGAGGGUUUCUCGUUCGCUUUGGACCAUCUGAAUAUGAGAAUGUUGAUGGGUAGCUUGUUAAAAUUCGUCAGAUUUUUACAAUGCUACAAUAUCAGAGUAGAUUUGAACGAUUGUCAAAUCAAGCCGGAGACUGAUCCAAACGACAACUGGUGGGAACAUUUAUUGAAGGACUUAAUUCAGAUAUCCGAUGUGAAGUCAAAGCUCACCAACCCCGCACUAUGACAGCUGCAAUCUCAUUUGCACGUUUGCAUGAGGAAAAAAUCAUCAGGGAAAAUUGUCAAAAUAUAAGUGACAACAAACAGAUGAUCAGUAAGCCACCCGCCCCAUCUAUUCCCAACUAAAACCCUAACACCCAAAGACUAAACCGAGAAGAACUCAAGGAAAGAUCAAUGAAGGGUUUGUGCUGUCACUAUGAUGAAAAGUGGAGUAGGGAGCACCGAUGUAAACAAGGGCAACUUCUAAUGAUUGAACAAAUUGGAGAGGAACCAGAAACUAAUAAUGUGGACUCCGAUCAUGAAGGUAUGGAUUCUGAUGAAGAUGUUGGACCUAUCAUACAUAUAGUGCAUGCAUUAGCCGGCUACUCUAACCCGCAAACUAUGAAAGUUGGAGGAACUUUGGAACAUCAGCAUGUUACAGUUUUGAUUGAUACUGGUAGCACUAACAAUUUUAUGUACAAUAAGGUUCCUGACCAAUUGGCCUACCACAUUGAAGGAUAUGACAAAUUCGAAGUAAAGGUUGUUGAUGGACAAAUUUUAACUUAUGAUAGCAAAUGUUCGAAUUGAUUAUACAGGGCCAAGAGUUGCUUUUGGACUUCGUUUUGCUACCCUUGGAAGACUUCAAAGUGUUGCUUAGAAUUGAAUGGCUAUCAACCCUGGGUGAUGUUUCUUGGAAUUUUUCUAAACUAAUCAUGAAGUUUUUUAUUAAUGGAAAGCAGACGAUCCUAAAGGGAAGACGUGGAAGUAAGGUCACAACUGCCACUAGCCAUCGGAUAGAGAGAGUUCUUCAUAAGACUGCAACGACUACUACACUGAAAGGCCGACCUUAUUGCUUACACUAUCAAAAAGUGGAGAUCGUACUUACUUGAUCAACGGGUUGUCAUGCGUCGUAGAUACCUUGUGACUGAAGUGUUGAAAGAGAAAUUCCUCGAGUUUGAUGCCGCUCAACCUCGAGGACAAGGCUGAUUUGAAGGGGAAGGAAUUAUUAUGAUCCCUUUAUUUUCUGAGUUUUGAAUAAUGUUUUAUUGAGUUGGUCUAGUUCAAUAAAAGUUGGAUAGGGGUUUAUUUGAUAUUUAUUUAUUUAUUUAUUUAUUAAGAGUCCAAGUCCUAGUGGACUCUAGGUGGAACUCUAUAAAUAGGGAUGUAUCUGUUUCUUUUCGGUAAUCAAUGAAAUAUUAUUCCAGUCUUCUGACAAACCCUAAGAUGUUGAUCCCCUCGAAGUGAUCAAGGAGACCGAUCCUCUCGAAUUAAUCAUCCCCUUUUCUCCCCUUUCUUCAAUGAUAAAACCCUAGGGUCUUAUCAAUCUACUUGUCAUUGUUGCUUGGAUGCAUUGUCUUGAAAGAAAAUAAGAUAAUGUACAUACAAAACUCAAGGAUAUCAUUGCUGUUUGAUUUUAUUAUUUCUCCUUCAUGAACAUAGUUUAAGAUAACAGCUGAAGAUGAUUAUUGCUGAUGAGAAAUAUGUAGUAUGCUAAAUUGUCAACAAUAAAAUAUUUGUUAUUUUUCAUAUAUUAUCUAUUAUCGUGAUGCCGUCAUGUCCUCCAUGCAAAGUACAAUGGGCACCCUUGAAUAAUAGGCUGCUAUGGUCUCUUUUCUGCUUUUAGGAAUUUUAUGAAUGAAAUGUUGACUGUUGCAGAGAAGAUCAAGACACUACGACACUAUUAGCUGAAAAUUCUCCAAAAGGAUUUCAUGAUCUUUCUAUGAAGUUUCCUCACAUUCUUGUACAUGAAUGGAAAAGAUAGAUAGUAUGCAUCAACACUUUAUACACAUCCAGGUCAACCAUGUGGAGCCAAAUUUACUCCCCAUGUAAACAUCUCAUCCUCAGGCCCAUAAGAACAGGAUUAUGUCUUUCUAUGUUAUAGGCCAACUUAUUGUAUGCAUACAGAGGUAGUUACCAACUGCAACUGGAACAAGUUGCUGGUCUUCCUAAGAUUUUGACUUGCAAAAGUCCUUGCCACCUCAGAUUUUGUGGAAAUAAACUUACUUGAAGGUCAAGGCAACAUUAACUGAUGAUUCUUAUAAGGUUUUCAUAGUUCUAAGAAGCUUCGUCAGAACAUGUACGUAGGGAAUUGAUAUGGUGCAUAAACACUUGUGCACAUCCAAUUUAAACAGAGGGAGUCAAAUCUACUCCCAUGUAAUCAUCUCAACCCCGGGCCCAUAUGAACUGGUUGACAUUAGUCUGUUUUUGGCCUACUUAUGGUAUCUGUGACAAAAUUGCACAAAUGACCCUUGGAAGUAUUUGAUUUUUUGUAGUUUUAUCUCUAAAUUCAAGUUUAGCAUACUUACAUCUCAGCAAAACCCAAAAACUAUAUAAUGUUCUUUUAGUUGUUCUCUAGUAACUAACUUUAGCCAUCAUUUAUCUGUUAGAAUGGAGUCAUUGGAAUUUUAAUUGACAUUAUUAUUUUUUAAGAAGCAUUAUGAUGGUAAGAAUUUUAGGUAUUUAGAUAUUGUAUAUAUUUUCUAAUAAUUCUAAAUUCCAAUUAGCCACUGGUAGACAUGGAUAGUAGUGGGUUUUGGAUGGAUUUUAAUUGGAGAUGUCUACAGUGAGGAUCCUAGUGUUUUGGGAACAUGUAUGCUAUUAUAUAUUGGAACUUGUAGGCGCAACUAUAAUUUUCCGACUUUGCAAGCACAAAUAUGUAAAACUCCUAUGAUAUACCUGUGGCUCAGAUGCAGCAGUAGCUUCCGUAAAAAAGGUUGGAGUGGAGCAAGUAAUACCAUACCAGUGACAAAAACUCUGGAAGCCAUCUCUAAGACUACAACAGCAGCCUUUUGAAGCUGAAGAUUGCUGCUCAAGGUCGGUUUGCAGCCUCUGCCGGUCUCACUUUGGUAAGCUCAGGUUGCUGCACAAGAUGCAAUAAACAAAUGGUGGCUGUGGUCAAAAGAAAGGAAAAAGAGAGGGGCUUUGCAUCCAAAGAAGAAACACUUUCAGUUACGUUCCACUUGGUCAGUAAAGCAAGGCAGGCAUUGAUUUCCAUAAAGGACACGAGAGAGAGAGAGAGAGAGGCCGAGGAAUGGAAUUCUGGGCUAGAUGCAGUGAAAGAGGCCAAGCUAAAGCAGUAAACCUAAUUGUGUGGCUGCUGCUUAUAGAAGAAUUGUGUAUUCAAAUCCCAGAGGACCAAGCUAUAGACGAAGACAAAGAUCAGUCAAGGGCUGCUGCUGAACCUGGCUGAUGCAAUCCACUUCAGCCUUCCAAGUAUUAUAAGGCUUCUUAGUCAUAGUAUAACACAGACAAUUUGGUGAGAUGUUACAAAAAUCUCCAAUCAGAACUCUGUCACAAAAAAAAAAAAACACCAAAAAGAAAGAAAAGGAGGCAACAGCAGCAACUUGUUAAAAAGAAGGGAGAAUGAACUUUCUCAACCACUAUUAUGCUGCACUAAUGGGUGAAGAUCUGACAGCAGGUUUAGCUGUAUUGAGUAGUUGCAUCAAAAUCUAGUGGCAUCAUCCUCAGUUGGAACCUCUACUUUGUUCCUGACAAACUCGAGCAAGUUCCCUUCUUUUUUAGUGUUUCUGAAACGUCCAUGGAAGCACAAGAUCUCAAAAAACUUGCCUGGAAGCUGACACGAGGUAUGAGUACAUUGGAAGCCAGGCUAACCUUCUCUGGCCUCGCAAUCUUCCAAGCUCCAAAAACUAUAUCAAGCCAGUACUACAAUAAAGCUUCUUUCACCAACCUUUGCAAGACACAGCUAAGGCCAUGGCCAAUAAUUGCGCAUCAGAUUGUAUCAGAUAGCAGAGGUGAGAUAUAAUACAGUUUUCUGUUCCCCACUGCUCUCACUGCCUACCUCUCAUCUCUUCAUCCUGUGAGCUGUUGCAUGUACGACGAUGGACACGCGUGACGUGUCUACUCUUAGGUUCAUUCAUUACGUAACCACCUCCCUCACACUUGCGUUUGGACCUCAUCGCGGUGUCCCUUUAUCUUGGUGAACUAAUUCCGUAUCUAGAUGGCUGUUUCCGUCAGGUUUGCAAGAUUUCCGCGGGUCCCACCCGUGUAGAGGAGUACACGUGGAGGACGGGGUGGUCGAAGACCAAGAUUUGCGGCCGUGGUCAACAGAUCCGACGGCUGUGUUCGUCCCCGACACGAUCGGACGGCCAGAGGUCGACCCCUUCGCGGCGCGGAAUAAAGUAACGAGCGACGAGGGAAAGUGGGGGAGCGAAAUGUCGGCGUUCAUAAGGAGACUUGGCGGGCUUUCCUUUUCUCGAGAGAGUACAAGUCAACUGGCGAUGGCAUGCUCCAAUCCAUGUGUCGCAGGGCAGUGUCUUUCAUGGAUUUACACUCCUGCCGCACAAUCUGUCGCAACCUUGGCAAGUGCGAGCCGUAACGCAGGUGAUGAAGAGAGGCUAGGGGAACAAAUCACCAAUGGCGGAGUGGUAGGGAGCCCGACCGACCCAUUGACAAAAAGAAAGGUCAGGAAGAAACCCAGUCAAACCCUCGCCAAACACGCUCUCCCAUUUUAUAUUCACCGGUUGGUUCUGUCUAUAUAAUCUGAGACACUGCCCUUCGUGCCUGUUUGCACCGCCCUCAUGGCUUCCUCCACCGUCUCCAUGCCCAAGCAGCAUCUGGCCCUGCGGAACCCCCGGCCAUGCCGGCCUCGCCCCGGGAUGUCUGUCGCCGCGCCCCGGCGGACGCCGUCGGCCGCCCCGGUGCUCCGGUCUCGGCCGGACAGGGCACGGGAGGCGACGAGCCGCCUGGCUAGCGUGUGGAGGAAGAUCCAGGGCGCCGACGACUGGAACGACCUCGUCCAGCCGCUGAGCCCGUUGCUGCGCGAGGAGAUCGUCCGGUACGGGGAGUUCGUCAUGGCGUGCUACAAGGCGUUCGACCUCGACCCGGCGUCGCAGCGCUACCUGAGUUGCAAGUACGGGAAGCGCCGCAUGCUGGAGGAGGUGGGGUUGGAGUCGUCCGGAUACGAGAUCACCAAGUACAUCUACGCGACGCCGGACAUCAGCAUCCCCAUGCAACACGGCACCUGCUGUGGCCGGUGGAUCGGGUACGUUGCGGUGUCGUCGGACGAGGAGGUGAGGCGGCUGGGGCGGCGGGACGUGCUGGUGACCUUCCGGGGGACCGUCACCAGCACCGAGUGGAUCGCCAACUUCAUGAGCUCGCUGAGGCCGGCGAACCUGGACCCGCACGACCCCCGGAUCGACGUGAAGGUCGAGUCGGGGUUCCUCAGCCUGUACACCUCCGACGACAGCACCUGUAGGUUCGGCCAAGGGAGCUGCCGGGAGCAGUUGCUCGGGGAAGUGUCUCGGCUCAUCAACAAGUACCAGGACGAGGAGAUGAGCAUCACAUUGGCCGGACACAGCAUGGGGAGCGCUCUUGCCCUCCUCUCCGGGUACGACCUCGCCGAGCUCGGCCUCAACCGGUUCCAGCAGCAGCGGGAGAUACCGAUCACGGUGUACUCGUUCGGAGGGCCGAGGGUCGGCAACACCGGCUUCAAGGAGAGGUGCGAAGAGCUCGGAGUGAAGGUCUUGAGGGUGGUGAACGUCCAUGAUCCGGUCACCAAGCUGCCCGGCCUGUUCAUGAACGAGCACUUCCGGGCUCUCGGCGAGACCUAUCAGCUCCCAUGGAGCUGCUCCUGCUACGCUCACGUUGGAGUCGAGCUCGCCCUCGACUUCUUCAAGAUGCAAAACCCUGCGUGUGUUCAUGACCUGGGGACAUACAUAGGGCUACUCAAGUGCCCCAAGAUGGUGCAAGUCCACAAGGAGGGCAUGGUGGAUCUGCUGGCAAAGGCAAAGAUAACUUUCAGGAAGCACAAGUUACAGGGAUGGCCAUGGCAAGAUGCAGCAAUGCAAGUGGGGAAUCUGGUGCAAUCUCUGGGACUAAUUUGA